CUUCCUCCCUUACUCAAGAUGGCGGCGGCGGCGCAUGCUCGGAGCGCGGCCGGGGAGGCCGGCGCUGCUGCCCGCGGGCGCUGAGGGUGCGGGCCGGGAGCAGCAGCGGCGGCGGCCAUGGGCGAGACCGAGAGGCUUUAUUAUGUGUACAGCUGCGACCUGGACAUCAACGUGCAGCUGAAGAUAGGAAGUCUGGAAGGGAAAAGAGAGCAGAAAAGCUACAAAGCUCUCUUAGAAGAUCCGAUGCUGAAGUUCUCAGGACUGUACCAAGAGACCUGCUCUGACUUGUAUGUAACUUGUCAGGUGUUUGCAGAGGGGAAGCCGCUUGCUCUUCCAGUUAGAACUUCCUACAAAGCUUUUAGCACUAGAUGGAACUGGAACGAAUGGCUGAAACUGCCUGUGAAGUAUCCAGACUUGCCUCGAAAUGCUCAGGUAGCUCUGACCAUCUGGGAUGUGUAUGGACCUGGUAAAGCCAUUCCUGUGGGAGGAACAACAGUCUCGCUCUUUGGAAAAUAUGGUAUGUUUCGACAAGGAAUGCAUGACUUGAAAGUCUGGCCCAAUGUAGAAGCUGAUGGCUCUGAGCCCACCAAAACUCCUGGGAGAACUAGCAGUACAGUCUCUGAAGAUCAAAUGAGCCGCUUGGCAAAGCUCACCAAGUCUCAUCGGCAAGGUCACAUGGUGAAAGUGGAUUGGCUGGACAGACUCACCUUUAGAGAAAUAGAAAUGAUCAAUGAGAGGGAAAAACGAAGCUCCAAUUUCAUGUACCUGAUGAUUGAAUUCCGUUGCGUCAAGUGCGAUGAUAAAGAAUAUGGAAUAGUUUACUACGAAAAGGAUGGUGAUGAGUCAUCUCCAAUUUUAACAAGUCCUGAAAUUGUUAAGAUUCCAGAUCCUCAGAUGUCUAUGACAGUGCCUAAGUACAGUUCUAGAAAAGAUUUCCAUUAUUGUGGAUGCCAAUUCAGUGGAACUGGUAUUGGCAGCUUUGGGAACCUUAAUGAGAACUUAGUAGAAAGCAAACAUCACAAACUUGCUCGAAGUUUAAGAAGUGGACCUUCUGAUCAUGACCUGAAGCCUAAUGCAACUACACGAGACCAGCUUAAUAUCAUAGUGAGUUAUCCACCAACAAAGCAACUAACGUAUGAGGAACAGGAUUUGGUGUGGAAAUUCAGAUAUUACCUUACUCAUCAGGAGAAGGCCUUGACAAAGUUCCUGAAGUGUGUCAACUGGGAUCUACCACAAGAGGCAAAGCAGGCACUGGAGCUGCUGGGCAAAUGGAAGCCCAUGGAUGUGGAAGACUCUCUGGAGCUUCUGUCAUCUCACUUCACCAACCCAACAGUGCGGCGCUAUGCUGUUGCCAGGCUUCAGCAGGCUGAUGAUGAGGAUUUGCUGAUGUACCUGCUACAGUUAGUCCAAGCAUUGAAAUACGAAAACUUUGAUGACAUAAAGAAUGGCCUGGAGCCUAGCAAGAGGGACAGUCAAGGUUCCAUGGCAGAAACUAUGACAACAUCUGGAUCUAAUGCUCCAGAAAUAGACAGUUCUCAGAUUAUGAGUCCUAUUCCACCUGUUUCCUCUCCACCUCUUACUUCUAAGACAAAAGAGCUUGCAGAAAAUGAAAACCUUGAUCAAGACCUUUGCACUUUCUUGAUAUCACGGGCGUGCAAAAAUUCCACCUUGGCAAACUACUUGUACUGGUAUGUAAUAGUGGAGUGUGAAGACCAAGAUACUCAGCAAAGGGACCCAAAGACUCAUGAAAUGUACUUGAACGUGAUGAGAAGAUUCAGUCAGGCUUUGCUGAAGGGUGAUAAGUCUGUCAGAGUUAUGCGCUCGCUGUUGGCAGCCCAGCAGACAUUUGUAGAUCGGCUGGUUCAUGUAAUGAAGGCAGUGCAGCGUGAAAGUGGGAAUCGUAAGAAAAAGAAUGAGAGGCUUCAGGCAUUGUUAGCUGAUAAUGAAAAGAUGAAUUUAGCAGAUAUGGAACUUAUUCCACUUCCUCUGGAACCUCAGGUGAAAAUUAAAGGAAUAAUCCCUGAAAAAGCCACACUCUUCAAGAGUGCCUUAAUGCCUGCUCAGUUAUUCUUCAAGACAGAAGAUGGAGGCAAAUAUCCUGUAAUUUUUAAGCAUGGCGAUGAUUUACGUCAAGAUCAGCUUAUUCUUCAGAUCAUUUCACUCAUGGAUAAGCUGUUAAGAAAAGAGAAUCUGGAUUUGAAGCUGACACCCUAUAAAGUGCUGGCAACUAGUACGAAACAUGGCUUCAUGCAGUUUAUUCCAUCAGUACCAGUUGCAGAAGUUCUUGCUACUGAGGAAACUAUACAGAACUUCUUCAGAAAACAUGCCCCCAGUGAGACUGGCCCUUACGGAAUCAGCGCAGAGGUGAUGGACACAUAUGUUAAGAGCUGUGCUGGUUAUUGUGUGAUUACUUACAUCCUUGGAGUUGGAGAUAGACAUCUGGAUAAUCUGUUGCUAACAAAAACAGGUAAACUGUUUCACAUUGACUUUGGUUAUAUUUUGGGCCGGGACCCCAAGCCCCUUCCUCCCCCGAUGAAGCUGAACAAAGAGAUGGUGGAAGGCAUGGGAGGCACCCAGAGUGAGCAAUACCAGGAGUUCCGUAAGCAGUGCUACACAGCCUUUCUCCACCUCCGCAGGUAUUCCAACUUGAUCUUGAAUUUAUUUUCCCUCAUGGUGGAUGCCAACAUUCCAGACAUUGCUCUUGAACCUGACAAGACUGUAAAAAAGGUGCAGGACAAGUUUCGUUUGGACCUGUCUGAUGAAGAAGCUGUCCAUUAUAUGCAGAGUCUAAUUGAUGAGAGUGUCCAUGCCCUCUUUGCAGCUGUUGUGGAGCAGAUACACAAGUUUGCACAGUAUUGGAGAAAAUAAGCUUUUUGCCUGCUCAUGGUGGAAACAAGUGAAUGCUCAAAACAGAGACUUUCUCAAGCCUUUGUGGACUUAACCAAACAGUUUUGGAAGGCAAAAGCUGCAGAUUUAAUAGUGAAGAACUGAGAACUCAGAAGGUAGAGAAGCUUUCUGAAUCUCUGUUCAUUAAAGGUUUAAAACCAACCAUUUUUUAAAGGAAGAUGAUUGUUUGUACCAUCCUUGGGAGCCUCAAAGGUUGAAGUAAGCAACUUCCUCUCAAGUCAAAGAUAACUGGAAGAGGUUGGAUUUAAUGGUGUAUUCUUGUACGUGUUAAUAUAUUUUCUUAUUUAAAAAUAGAAGUAGAUACAAAGCUAAAGCAGGGAAGCUACAGUUUCUCGGUGCAGAAAAACCCCUCACAAAACUAUGGUAAUCUUCUUUCAUCCCUCCCCACCCACUUUGUUCCCUGAAUAAGUUUUAAGUGUAAUUCAUAUGAUCCUUUAUUUCCUGCCUUAGGCAGUGUUAUCAUUUAGAAUGGACAGUCAUUUUUUGCCUGCUUACAAAAGUGUUUUUAAAUGCUGAUAAGUUACCCCAGCUGGAGGCAGCCAAUUAAAUGAUUGCUAACAAGCUCAGCAAUGGGAAUGCACUGUGAGCAGUUCAGUAUUUCACGCUUUAACUCAAAAUGUUUUCUGUACAGUGAUUAUAUAUUCUUCACUCUAAUAAAAACCUUUGUUGUUGCA